AUGUUCGCCCCCUGCUCGGGCUGGGGGUUCGGCCGCCUCCGGCUCAGCCAGCUCCGAGUUGGGGCCGGCAGAGCUGCGGGUAGCUGGGCGUGUUGGGCUGGUUCGGCCCGGGAGUACGGCUCAGGUGGGGGCCAGCGCCAGCCUGGGUCCGAGCCCACAGUCUCUCGGCCGGGGCUUGCGCGCCAGGCUCUGAAGGAGUGGGCGCUGCUAGUGAGCCCGUUCGGUCGGCUGCGGGCGCGGCUUCCGUGCCAUUUGGCCGUGAGGCCCCUGGACCCCCUCACCUACCCCGACGGUGACCGCGUGCUGGUCGCGGUGAGAUCAGCGGAAGGCGGGGCGCGGGGCCUGGCCGGCCUGCAGGUGAAAUACGACGAGGCGCUGAAGGAGGUAACCAUCGUGUCUGACACCAUCGACCCCCAGGCGUCCGUGGAGGUGAACGCGCCCCUGAAGUUUGAUUUGAAUAUCAAGUCAUCAGGGUCUGGCUGUGUAAAAGUCCAAAAUAUUGAGUGUGAUAAUUGCAAAAUUGAAACUGAGCAGGGGACUGGCAUCUUACAGUCUGUUAAGAGUCAAAAAUUACAUGUUCAAACAAAAGGAGGCAAAGUGAUCUGUCUGGGAACAGUUUAUGGAAAUAUAAAUAUUCAUGCAUCAGAUAAAAGUACUGUGACCAUAGAUAAACUGCAGGGAAGUACAGUUAAUAUAUCUACUGAAGAUGGUUUCCUGGAAGCCAAGUAUCUUUAUACAGAAUCAUCAUUUCUGUCUUCUGCUGCUGGGGAUAUUACAUUAGGAAGUGUUCAUGGCAAUAUAACAUUACACAGCAAUAUGGGCAACAUCACAGUAGAUUCAUCCUCUGGAUGUCUAAAGGCCUCAACUCAUCUGGGUGCAAUAGAUGUUUACGUCAGCCAACUAGGGAAAGUGGAGUUAAAAUCUCAUGAAGGCUCUAUUCUUGUCAAGGUCGCAUCUUCUCUUCAAGCUCGUUUAGAGUUAUCAGGGAAAGAGGUUGACGUGAACUCAGAAGUCCAUGUUCAAGAAAUGGCUGAAGCUCAUAAAGAUGAUGGUGUAAUAAUUACUGGGCUCAUGAAUCAAGCAAGCAAACAUGAAAAAUGGAUUAAGGCCGAUGCCCCAAAAGGCACUAUAAAUUUUAGAAGUCAAAGCUGGUUUCAGUCCCUGAAACUGCAGGACUAA